AUGAAGAAAUUAGGAGCUAGCAUUUUUCUGGGCAUCGUAUCCAUUGCUGCGGCAUACGGGCUUGAGACUAUUUUUGAAGAAAAUCAGCCAGGGUAUUUAUACAGCUUGGGAGGGCACGGGUAUGUAUUUAAUGCAGAGACAGCAGGAAUGCCUGGUGUCCACUCGGCUCUGGCGAUUACGCACACGCCAGAGUACGCUAUGUCCAUGAAGAUCAUCAGAAAAGUGUUUAGAGGCAUAACAUACAGCAUAAUGAUAGCAGACCCAGAAGCCUGCAAGAAUAUCCUAAGUGUCAAUGGCUCGUACUGUGUUUUCAAGUACACGCGAAUGAUGGGCGCAAGAACAGGGCUUAUUCUCGGCAAGGAAAAAGCCACAUUUGACAACUAUUUCAUGUUUUCUCCUCCAGUAACCAGAGACACAAACGCGUUCCAGAUAUACAACCAAGGAAAAUGUGUUACAGUGGAUCGCCACGGGGUUCUAGACCUGGCCGAGUGCAUAGAAGCCCCCACGCAGACCAGAGAGAAGCAGCUUUUCAGAUGGGUUAACAAAGAUUGGUAUGACAAGGGAAUGAGCGCAAAACAGUCGCACAAGUUUACUGGAAUUAAGAAUUAA